UUUCUGCUGGUGUUGGGGGCACAGCACGUUGCAAGAGCCUAACGUGACGCACGGGGAGCCGGGACACACACACGCCGGACGGCUAUCGAAUGGAUUACCCCCCUGACACAGGCCUUUGAACUGCAACCCAGCAAGAACAAUCCAGUCAGCAGAUGCAGUGAGGAGCUGUUCAAACCCUUCAGAACUUCUCUGACACUUUGACCAAAAGAGGGGGAAAGUAGCUUUGAUUAAGUAGCUUUGUUUUUUUUUUUUUACGAGUCUUGCCUGAUUCAUUCAGAUUCACUGCGCAGAGGGACUUGGACUGUCAGAGCUGCUAAUGGGAAUAUUUGUUCUGGGUUAACAUUGGACAUCACCUGUCACUCUGCCGUGCCACUGGAGUGGAUCAGACUCACCAAGAGGAGACGCAAAACACGACCACGAGAGUUAAGGACACGCGUGAGAAAGCUUACCAUGCACUGAGAACAAGGAAUGGAAAGCAUCAGUGUGGACACAGACUGGGAUGGGUUAGCUCUCUCCUCUCUGGUCACCACGGUAAGGAGCAGCCUCUCCUCCUCGCCCCUGCUCGUCUCCGAGCUGAACUCAGUCAACGCGUCCCACAGCGGGGGGUCCUUCUUCGGGAUAUUCCCUGACAAUGCCUCCAUCACCACACCUCACACCCUGCCCCAGCCCAGGACCAGGGACGUGGGCCUGGCCAGGGCGGAGAUUGCGGUGCUUGGGCUGGUGCUGGCUUUCGCCACCCUGGGGAACAGCUUCGUGCUGUGGGUGCUGCUGAGGAGGAGGAAGCACAAUGCACCCAUGCACGUGUUCAUGGUCAAUCUGUGUGUGGCUGACCUGGUGGUGGCGCUCUUUCAGGUUCUUCCCCAGCUGAUAUGGGACAUCACCGAGAGGUUCCAGGGACCAGACGUGCUUUGCCGCGCCAUCAAGUACUUGCAGAUUGUGGGCAUGUUUGCUUCGUCUUACAUGAUAGUUGCCAUGACAGUAGACCGGCACCAUGCCAUCUGCUGCCCGUUGCAGGCCUACAGAGGGGGAGAGAUGUCCCGCUGGAACACCCCUGUCAUGGUGGCCUGGGCUCUGGCACUUGUCCUCAGCAUACCGCAGGUGUUCAUCUUCUCUCGUGCGGAAAUGGAGACUCCGGGAGACUUCGAGUGCUGGGGUCAGUUCGCUGAGCCGUGGGGGCUGAAGGCCUACGUCACCUGGAUGGCUGUGGCUGUCUUCCUCCUGCCUGCCCUCAUCAUAACCAUCUGUCAGAUAAGGAUCUUCAGAGAGAUUCACAACAACAUCUACCUGAAGUCAGAGAGGAUGGUGAUGGCCGAGAAUAAGAAGAGCAAAAUCCUCUUCCGCUUCCACAGCUUCAAGAAGGAGGACGAGCGGGCGAAAGAGAGAGGAAGACGGGCAUCCGGAGGGGGGGGCAGGGACGGGCGAGGGCCGCAGCCCUUGAAAGGUGUGAAUAGCAGCCCUCACAAUAACAUGCUCGGCAGCCAAGCGGGAGAGUGUUACGAUUAUGCCCCACCUGCCAUCCAGUACAACAGUUGUCGUGGUGAACAGGCGACAACAGCAACAACACAACAGCAGCAGCAGCAGCAAACAGUGAACAGCUCAGAUUGCCAGGACUCCUACACCUCUUACGUGCUGGUGUCAGGCUCGCCCCGCUGCUCCCUUGACUACGUCCCCCCUCCCCGACCAUCCACUCCACCUCCGAGCAUCACCAGAGCCAUGUCCAAGACCGUGAGGAUGACUCUGGUCAUUGUGCUGGUCUACACUAUCUGUUGGUCCCCAUUCUUCAUCGUCCAGCUGUGGGCCGCCUGGGACCCCAACCCUCCUGACCAAGGAGUGGCCUUCACCAUCCUGAUGCUGCUGGCCAAUCUGAACUCGUGCACCAACCCGUGGAUCUACACAGCCUUCUCCAGCAGCGUGUCCCGAGAGCUGCAGAACCUGCUGCACUGCUGGUCGCGACCCGGCCGCCGGGGCUCCCUGCCGGACGACUCCACCACAACACACACCUCCAUCAAGGACAGCCAGUACUGACAGGGGCUGAUGAGACAGCAACAUGACAUGUUUGAAAAGACACGCAUGGCCGCACGUGUGCUCGUAGCAAGGACACCACCAACACCACCCCCAGCAUCUCAGCCCUGACAGCAGAGAGCGCUGACCUCCACCAGAUGUUUCCAGCAACAAAGGACAGCUGUACCGUCAACAGGAUCCCUGCCUUAAAUCACCUGUCCUCUCCCCCCCCCCCCCCCCCCAGCAGUAAAGGAGGGUGUCAUUGAAGAUGUCAACACCAUUUUAUGAGGGCAAUGGAGAAUAUCCAGUGGAAGUCACCAUCAAACAGCACCUGCAAUACAAGAUGCCCUUGACAGUAAAGACAUGUUCAACUGUAGCUGCUUAGGAUAGAGCCCUUUGCAUUGCCUCACACCCUGGCCCUGUUCAGACAGAGCAGAGCAGCAGGAAUGCAGAGGGUGGAUCGCUGCAUUGAUGGCGGUUACGGCACGCCUAAUGUACAAAGCUCUCGGUGGUGAGAAAACAAAGCAGCGGGCUGAAGGAAAAAAAAAGAGAAGAGCGAGACAGACAGAAGGGAAGACUGCUGUUGGACCGAGAACAGACAGGGGAUGACACGGAUGUUUCAGCUGCAGGAGUGGUCCUGAGAAAAAAGCUGUGGUCGAAAUCUCAUAAUGUGAACGAACUUUGUUAAAUCAAAGAAAGUGCGCUUGAGGCUGAAUUCAUAUUCGCUCCGGACGAAUCGGGAGUUCCGAGGAACAAUAGUGAUUUAUGAGAGAGACGGACGGAGAUUCACUCGUGAGAACAGUGCCCCCUCCCCCCCCCCCCCCCCCCCCCCCCUUGUGAGGAACUGGAGAACUGUGGACUGAUGCAAAUAAGGCAUACACACACACACGCACACACACACACACACACACUCCCUCUCAAAGUAACAGACAGUGAGGGUUGAGCUCCUGGACAUUUCAGGUUUCCACAACCAAGCAGGACAACAAUUAUGUGAUUGUGUUUCAUACAAACACGGCAGUGAGGUACAUUAGAUUACCGUCCUGUCGGUGCUCUCCUGACAGCUCGGGUCAACGCAACACCAACGCAACGCAGGAGACGCAGCACGGAAACAAACAACAGUGAUUCAGCAGCAUUCCAGUGAUGAACAAUGUACAGUAUAUUUAUUGAAAAUGUAAAGGCACAUUAGAUUAUAUGACAUUUUGAGGUGAAAAGUUGAAAAGUUGAAAUGUUGAAUCAUUCAAUUGUUAUGGCCGGACACCCAUUUGAGGGGACGUCAAUCCCAAGUUCUUUUUUUUUUGUAAAGCUGUACUGUAGAAUCUUUUCAGGUCUUAAAAGUAGAGCUAAUUCAAAGCUUCAGAUACAGAUAUGCACGGACGUCUCAAGGUCAAAGAGACACUACUGCACCUCGUUCAGACUACAUGUCGACUUAAGAAAAACUUAAAACAGUGAAAAUACUCCCAGUUAAAGCAAAGUGCCUGUAAAUGCCAGUGGACCUUUUUUUGUUAGAGGGGCCUCCCUCGCUGGAUUAAUCUUAUUCAGAGACGAAGUCACCGCAGAGCAGGGAUCACUGACUGUGUUAUAUUUCACCAUGAGCCAUGUGUUCUUCUCUCUUUCUAUUUAUUGUUGCAUAAAAGAAACUACACACAUA